AUGUCACGUAAUCGCUUUCAACUAUUGCUUAGUUUCCUGCACUUCACAGACAAUAACUCAAUUGUACCAGGUGAUAGGCUUGGUAAAAUAAAACCACUAUUGGACAUGCUACAAAUGAGAUACCAAAGAAUUUACGUACCAGGUGAAAACAUAGUAAUUGAUGAGACCCUUAUUCCAUGGCGAGGCAGACUAUCAUUCCGACAAUAUAUACCAAAUAAAGCUCAUCCUUAUGGUAUAAAGCUUUUUAAGCUCUGCGCUACUGAAGGAUUCACCUGGUCGUUGAAAAUAUACUCCGGAAAGUCAUCAAGUGGAUUGAGAGAAGUCGGUUUGGCAAAAAGUGUUUGCGAGGAUCUGAUUAUUGAUUUGAAAGGUCAAGGUCGAACUUUAUAUGUAGACAACUUUUACACAAGCUAUGAAUUGGCUCGUUCAAUGCUAGAUCAAAAAACACAUGUUGUCGGUACACUCCGUGCCAACAAGAAACAUUUCCCAAAAGAAGUUAUGAUUGCACCUAUAAAGAAAGGCGAACUAGUGGCUAGAGAAGAUCCCAAUGGUAUAGUUGUUCUGAAGUGGAAAGAUAAACGCGAAGUCAGAAUGCUAUCUACGAAACAUGCCCCGAUAAUGGUAUCCACAACAGAUGGAGCACGUAAUCCUGAAGAGCCUUCAACUAGUCGAGGAGCGAGACGUAAAAGACGAGCAACAGAAAAGCCAUUGGCAGUGGUAGAAUAUAAUAAGGGGAAAGCAGGCAUUGAUCUUUCCGACCAAAUGGCUUCUUACUCAAAUACCCUUCGCAAAGGGUUAAAAUGGUAUCGAAAGCUGGGAAUUGAACUUUUACUCGGACUUUCCGUGGUUAAUGCCUUUACUGUGUAUAAAGCAGCGUCGAAUAAUAAAACCAUGAGUAUACGAACAUUCCGUGAACGCGUUGCUAAGGACCUACUAGGCCUUACAUGCCCGCAGCCUGUACCGCAAUCGCAGCAUAUCAUCACCACAAGACUACAAACAAUUUCCUUCAACAACAAAUAUAAUAAAACAUCACCAACAACAACUGUGGGUUAA